ACACCAGUGCAACCUACAAAUUACAAUAGAGAUUAGACGGAGUCAGUUGCAAAACCAUGAAGCUACAUGCUUUCAAAAGAAUAAAAUACUAGUAAGGCAUUCAACUCUCAGAAUCUGCAAGUGUCAAUGCCUUUGCUUCCUCAUUCGAGUGACUGACCGGCCUGUGCAGCUGUUCUAGAGAAAGGGAAGGCAGUGGUACAAAUACUACUGGACACCUGUGUCUGCCGAGGUUUGCUGCUGUCCGUAGUUUAUGGAUUUCGGAAAUUGAAUUGAAAAUAAUAAAUGCAUGGCUUCCAGUCUGACGGAAAGCUUCCGACGCGCAACGAAGCGUGCGCGUCCAGUAGAUCCGAGUGAGUCAUCCCCAUUGCUGCCACCACGCCGGCAAAACAAUGGCACACCUGCUGACGGAGGGCUCUAUGAAACUUGCUUGUCACCCACGGAUGCAGCAGCAGGAGCAGCAGCAGGAGCAGCACGGGAGGCAGGCCGCCCUGACAAGGAUAAUCCACAGUAUGCACAAGUAAGACGUCCCAAGCAACGCUCAGCGCCUCCGUCAUCCAACGCCGCUGGUGAUCAUGCCUGGGAUAGCCAUCACUAUGACAACCGUCCGCCCAUCCCGGCACCGCGCCUACGCCGUCGCCAGUCGCAGUACAAUACUCUGCGAGCGUGUCAUUCAGCCGGCUUAACUCAGGCCGAGCUGAUGGAGCGAUCACGUUACGUUCAUCGCGGUACUCGUGGAGAUCCAGCACCAUACGAUGAGGACCUGUAUGCACCAUUGCCUGUGCAGAGAGUCGAGGCCGAACAGGAGGAUGUGUAUGGUUCUGUGCAGCAACACAAGCGCAUUCUUGCCAAUGUUCGGAUGCAGCCAUGGCCGCUGGCAGAACGAAAACAGUAUCGACUAAUCAUGCAAUCAGCAUUAGAUGACAGGGUUGGCAUGUUGAAUACAGUGGAUGCUGUCAACCAUAACGGACACAAGGCUGUUUCCUAUGCGACUGACACGAUUGCAAAGUACGCAACAUCGCACGGCUUUUUGUCUAGCUUCAUCAAGAAGAUUGAAGGCCAUUUUGGAACAGGAGUUGCGUCGUUCUUCGUCUUUCUCCGCUCGCUGUUCUUCCUCAACAUUUUAACUAUGCUCUUUUCCCUCGGCUUCAUCAUUAUACCGCAGAUUGCGUUUGGUGUGGGUAACAAGAACUUUACUAAUGACAAUAGCGGAGACCUGUUGGACAAGCUGUACAAUUCACCCGUCCUCUAUGGUUACUACGACAACAACACUGAGUUAAACGGUGGCUACAACUUGCCCGCGGCGUACCUGACUGUCAACUUAGCUUUGUUCCUGAUUUGUUUCUUCAGUAUGGCAUUUGUAAUGAAGCGCCGGUAUCACUUCAGCAAGCGCACUACGUAUGACAACGUUACAACACCGUUCUCGUUGAAAGUAUUCACAUUUUGGGAUCAUGGCAUCACCGAGUCACAAACUGGUAAAUUGACGUCAGUCGGAAUCGCCACGGGCUUUCGGGAAGAGUUGCGGGAAAUCGAGGAGGCUGGUCGUCGCUCCAAUGCUUCUCUUGGUCUUGCCAUUGCUGUGAGGAUCCUGGUCAACGUGGUGGUUCUGACACUCCUGGCCGGCAGUGGCUACGUGGUCUACUACUUUGUACGACGUGAUCAGGAACGUACCGAGUUCAACAGCAACCGCUUCCUGGCACUGGUGGAGCAGUUUGAGAUUCCCUUCAUUCUGGCUGCGCUGAAGUUGGUGGGCCCGAUGCUCUUUGAGAGGCUGGGUGUCUUGGAGCACUACCAUCCACGUACGGCUUUCAAGUGGACUAUGUCACGGACUAUGGUGUUGUAUCUUGGUAACCUGGCCGUUCUAACCGUUACACUGCUGAUGAAGGCAUCCAGAGAGCAAGGCUGUCUGAAUCAAGACGCUGGUCCAACACUGCCAGCUCCUGGAACAGCCAGUCCAGUCAACCAGCCGCGUGACACGUGUUGCUGGGAGUCACUAGUCGGCGAGGAGAUUGUGAAGAUCAUUAUCAUAGAUUUCGGUGCCAUUCUCCUCGCGGUGCUGUUUGCCGAUGUCCUCCGUCACAUAGUCGUGAAAAGGAACAAGACCAUACGUGAAAAGAUCGGCCGUGGAGAGUUUCAGGUUGCCGUCAGUGUCUUGGACAUGGUGUAUGGUCAAGGAUUGGUUUGGAUUGGAACUUUCUUCUCGCCUAUCCUACCGGCGUUUGCCAUGGCCAAGACGUUCCUACUGUUCUUCUUCUACUACUACACCACCAUGUUCUCCCACGCUGCACCCAAGAAGAUCUUCCGAGCGUCUCGUUCCGGCAACUUCCUGCUGUUUGUUCUGCAGGUGACGCUGUUCCUGUGCGUGCUUCCCAUGCUAUAUGUACUAUCCAGACUUCCUCCUUCAGCCAACUGUGGACCAUUUCGAUCAUAUGACUAUGCCUAUGAUGUCAUCUUGGUGCACUUCUCCGAGCCAGUCAGGAACGCAAUCAACAUCAUUGGAACACCGGUUGUUCUGCUGCCAAUCCUUGUUCUCUGUUUGUCUGCCAUUCUUUACUACCGUCUCCUCAUCGCUUCGUAUCGCAAUAUCAUCAAGGACAUCCGCACUCAACAACACUUUAAAUUAGCUGAAGACUUGGCUCUGGAGAGACAGGAGCAUAUCAACUCUGGCUCAUCAGCAGGUCCUGGCAGCAGUACCAGCAGCAGCAAUGCCAACGUCGGCGCGGCGGCAGCAGGAGCAAUGUCGACUGCCGCCGGUUCGCGGAUCUCUGUCGCGUCCUAUCAGUCGCAGCUGUCCGACAUCUCCACACAGACAGGAGUCACUACAGUGAGUGGUCCACUGGCCAGUCGACAAACCAGCCACGCACCCAUGCCACCAUCUUCUAAUAACAACACCUCAGCAAGUCGGCCACCGUCUGAGCACUCAUCUCGUACCAGUAUUAUCCAGGAGCCGUUGCCUAGGAUACCUCCUACGUAGUAGGGUAUUGCCCCAUGAGCACUGCUCCUUCCUUCUCUUGCAGCUGCUGCUGCUGCUGCGGCCCACUGGCUACAUCAACCGUACUGUGAGUUUUCAUUAAGCACCAGCAUUCAGCCAACAAUACCAUCAACCCUGGGGCAAAGCAGAGAAACACCCAACACCAUAAGAAAGGUCACAGCAAUCAACUUACCUCAGCUCACAUGAUUUACAAAGGUUUUCCCACCAGCGGCACUGCCUCACAUCAUCUUUCCAACGCUGGAGCUAGCCUACUAUCCUGUGCAUGUGUGUGUCACAUACAUUAGAAUACCAUAAGCACUUCAUGCAUGACAUACCCAGCGACAUACGUGUGACAUGUCCUGGACCAGUACACACUGCCCUGCAUAGACUGCUCAACCCAAAAAAUGCUGCCUGAUAAACUUGCUACCUUUCCUUCGAAAUUUGAUCUGUGAUAAAUGAUAGGCAAUAAUAAAGAACUGCCCGUAGUGCAGCUGCUGCAGCUGUUUGAUCAGCCACAUGAUGCUUUCUUUUCUUUUUACUUCCGGGCAGCAUAAAUUAUCAGUAUUUUAUUUUUAUAGCAUUCACAAAAUCCAAACACAGUGGAUAUUAUUUUCCAUACACAGCACUGAAGACCAGUCCUGGCCCCUGGCCUCGGUCACCCGUCUCCCUAUUCUUACGACCUCCGCAGGCACAACACGGUACACUUGUACGCAUGGAAGCUGCAUGUGACCAAUUUGUCCACUGUACUCUAUAUAUGUUAUUGUUUGUUGAGUUCAUAACUUCAUAACUACUUCAAGUAGUUUCCUGCCUUGAGGAUCUAUGAUAAAAUUGAUAUGAAUAAUUUUUAGAACUUGCAACAUGCAUCAUGCUACCUUAGCCAUCGGAUUCCAGUGUUGCAUACCCCUUAGAGAGUCUGAAUGUGCCUGCUGAGCAGCUUGGGUUUUUUUUAAUCUCUGUAACAAUAGUUAGUUUGUAUAUUUCGUCACGUCGCAGCUGUCAUUUCUUCUCUGGCAUCUUGUCUGCCACUCAUAUAUGACACCUGCCCAAAGUAUUUGAUUGUUUGAUUUCUUAUUUCGUAUCUGCUUCGUAGGAGAUAUUAGAUACAGUGUGGUACCAGCCACAUUCACUUUCACAAGUUUUUAAUUUUGCUUAGUUCUAACUUCUAACUUAAAUUGACCAUGAUGUACGUACCUUGA